AUGUUUAUCAAAGAAAAUUUGCUCGCGGCAGCGGAUGACCCCUCAGGCCGCCGAAAGCGGGCCGGGAGGAAGUAUACGUCACGAGCUUGUGAAGAAUGCCGUCGACGAAGGGCCAAGUGCGAUGGUUUUCGGCCAUCUUGUUCUCGAUGUCUCGAUCGAGGUAUCCGCUGCCAGUAUUCCACUGCUGAAGAUGGGAGGCAGCCAGCACCCAAGUCUUACGUGGUGAUGCUGCGUAACCGGAUCGAGCUGCUGGAAAAGGUUCUCAAGUCUCACGGCAUUGACGCCGAUGCCUCGGUUGCCCAAUUGAUGGCCGAACACGAAUCUCCAAAUCAACCAAUCAAUUCAAGCUGCACACCCGGGUCAUCAAACGUGGAUGAUUUAUGUGUUACUUUUGACGGAACCCUUACUCUCGAUGAAUCUUUGAACUUUGAUCAGGACGGCGAGGUUCGCUAUUUUGGCCCGACCAGUGGGCGUCUGCUAUUCCGAUCUUCGGCGAAUGCCUCUCCAACUGAAGAAGCAUUUCACACAGAUGCCUCUUGCAAUGGGUGUUCCAAUGCCACAGGAGACCCAUCUCUCGGCACGCCAGGGGUUUGUGAGAGCCACAUGGAUGGGCACCUUGACAUGCUAGGCGAUAGUUUGAUCUUGGACGAACUCCAAGCUCGUUUGAUCGAUCUUUAUUUCGAGUGGGAACAGCCAUGGCUCCAGGUAGUCAACGAAACGCUGUUUCGAGAAAGCUUGGCCUGUGGUGGCAGGUAUUGCAGCCCGCUGUUGCUGAAUUGUAUCCUUGCGAUGGGCUCACGCUACUACGAUGGCCUUGAAGUGCGAACGGAUACGAAUGACUCCAAUACGGCCGGUAAAGUAUUCAUUGCAAAAGCCGAGAAGUUGAUUCAAAAUGAUCUCAGGUGGCCCAAAAUAACAACAAUCCAAUCUCUGGCUAUCAUGGGCAUGGUUUAUAUUGCAAUGGGAUCAGAUGCCGCUGGAUGGCUUCAUCAAGGAAUGGCAAAUCGUCUUGCUCUAGACAUGGGGCUCAACAUGGACCCUGCGGUUCUGGCGGAAAAGGUUGCCCUGCCACCGAUUGAGAUUGAGCUGCGGAGACAGAUAUACUGGGCGCUUUACUGCCAUGAUAAGCUCUCGGCGAGCUAUACAGGCAGGGUUUGUACCUUGCUGGAUUCGCAAGGCGCCGUCAAUAUGCCGUACCUCCAGUGCACCUCCGAAGUUUGUCUUCCUUCCGCAAAUGGCCAAUUAAGAGCUGCAUCCCAGAAGGAAGUGACUGCGCUGCAUCGAUCCAUGAUUUCUCUCUGCCGUAUCCUGGAAAAGAUCCUCCUCUCCUUGUGGUCACCCAAACCACUCAUUCACGCCCACCAGCGCUCAGCAUUCUUCGACUCGUGCAUUCUCGAGCUCAAAACAUGGUCUUACGAUUUACCCUCCGAACUCAAAGUCGAUCGAGCGAAUGGACCCUCUCGAUUCCCUCACGUCUACACGAUGUCCAUGGUGUAUCAUACCGCACACUUACUACUUUGCGAACCCUUCUUGAAAGAGCACUGCCCACCGCAUGAUAAAAGCAGCACAUCUCCGCCCCAUAUUGAAUCUAAAGGAGAUGAGACAUCACACGAAUACAUCCGGUUCCACAAAGCACUCUCCAGUUGCAGCUCCUCGGUUAGGUCAAUGGUCAUAAUCGCCCAAAAGUACAGACGAACAUUUGGCAGCUUCAAACUAAGCCCCAUCACCGCGACACAUUGCAUAUUAUCCGCCGCUCUGAUCAUCGUGGAGAAAUGCUGCUCCCUAGACAACUCCCAACUGAAGCAGAAUCCUGGAGACGACGUGCCUCGCAUGCUACCCCCACACGCUGCUGCGGGUCUCUGUUUCCAGGUUCUUCGAGAAAUGUCUACAUCUUGGAACAUUGCAAAGCGGAUCGGGCGUAACCUUGAAAAGGUAUACGUUCAACGCUACGGAGUUAGCCAUCUUCCUCUACCGGCGCAGGACAGUGGUCCCACCACUGAAUCCCAACAGACAGAUCUCGAUGGUUCGUGGGAGACUGAGCUUCUUCCCUCGCAUGCCUUCGAUGGGGUAUUUGAUGCCAAGAAUACGCUCUUCGAAGACCCUCUAUCACUUCAUCUGGAGAAUCCGUUCGCUCACCUGCACAACCCCAAUUUGAAUCAGUUUCAUGAGCCCUCUUCCGAUGUCACCGAUCCUAAUACCCUGCAGAACUUUCUCAAUUCGGAUGAACUCUUUGCGAACAAUCUUGGCUUUGCCUUUUCGCCUGACUGUUUGCCGAGUGACUACAACAUGUUUGAUACUUUGAACCAAACGUAUCUAGAAGAGACUUGGUGA